AUGUUUUGUCCGCACAAAAAUUCCUAUCUACAGUUGGUUUGUUCUAUGAAUCCUCGCGUCUUGAAUAAGGCAGUUGAUCUGGCGAUGCAGAGGAAGUCUUUUGAUCCUCACACAGAACGUCCACCAGCCCAAAGAUUGGAAUCCAUGCAACCAUCACUUUAUGCCCCACAUGUUGACAUUACCCGCGCUCGUCUUGGCUUCGGAAGAAACGGUCUAAGACUUAUAAACAGAGACCUACAUUCCCCGGAACAUUUGAUUCAGGUGCAAGCGCUGCACACCGUUCUAGAUCAGGUUCAAAUAACAGAAAACGCGAUGUACCUAAUAAAGAUUCACUUAGUAUACCGUCUGAUCGAUUUAAUGGAGAACGAAGACCCAAUUAUUCGAGAAAAGGUGUGCAUGAUUCUGACACAAGUAGCGACCUACCAUAUGGGAAGGGAAAGGAUUAUGUCUCGACCGAUCAUCGUUGAUUCCCUCUUAUUCCUCAUCCUGAGAGAUAGGAAGGAGAUACGCUACGCGGCUGCUGUCACUCUAAGAACGCUGACAGAACAUAGAUGUUCCCUAGAAAAAAUAUUAGCUCACCAUACUAUAGUCGAAGAUCUCCUAAGAAUGGUGAUCAACGACCAUAAAGGAAUAGUGAUGCUCCACUUAAGAUCGCUAAGGAACCUCGCAGAAUGGGACCAGGAGCGGCCACUAAAAGCAAACGCGUUCCAAGUUAUGCUAAAGCUCUUCGAAGACGACGACCCGAGAAUAAUUUGCGGCGCAAUGGAUUGCAUGACACAGCUGUGCUCACAUGACGUCGGAAAGACCUUGGCUGAUGUUUAUGACCUCAUCUUUGUGUUGCGGCCGUUCCUCACCCAUCUACGCAUUGAGGUGAAAAUCAGCGCAGUUAAUCUGAUGUGUUACACCACUUUAACAACGCGUUCUAAAUGGCGAGCGAAGGAGAUCUGUGAGGACUUGACGAAGACGCUAGUAAUGUUAUGCCACAAACAAAAUAAGCCCUUACUUCAAUUGAGUUCAAUGCAGGUGCUUAUUAACCUGUGCGAUUGUCCAGAUAUCAGGAACCAUAUGAAGUUCCAUUGGGAGCGGAAGGUGAAAAUGAUUCGUGUAAGGGACCACGAAGAGUGGGAUGGGACGACGGAGACGUCCAGUUACGGGUUAGAAAGUGGACAUAACUAUAGGACUAUGUGUGUUGAAGGUGUGGAGACGAUAAGGAAUGAUUACGGUGACAACGCGGCUGUGGUUAACGUACACAGCUAUUUAAAAAGCGUAAGGAAUAUUAAAGAGAGACUUCUGUAUGCUAUUAAUUGGAAAUCCUAUAAAAAUUAG